AUGCGCCGCCCCUACCGCUUGCGCCUUUCACUCCUCACCCUCUCCGCGCUCGUCCUCCAUGCCACCGCACAUCCCGAAGCGCGACCCGAAGCCGAAGCAGCCGCAAUAGCGGACGCCUCGGCCCAAUACGCCAACUACGCGCCCUUCUCCGGGAUUCUCUACAUCGUGAACGCGGACGGUACCCAGGCGAACGCCGCCUCAUAUGCGAGCUGCGCCGCCGGCUGCAAUGGGUUGGGAUCGGGAUACUCGGCUUACUGCUGCGCCGCCGGUUACGCGUGCGCCAUGGCGGCGAACAACGUCGCCUGCUGCCCUGCUGGACAACAGUGUCAGGGUGUUGUCGCCGCUGCUGUGCAGACCGUUACCGUGACGGUGAACAAUUACGUCCAGACGACUGUCUACAACCAACCCACCAACGUUGUUAUAGCAGGUGCGCCCAUCGUAUAUACUACCCAAAACGCCGUGAAUCCCGUGUACGCUGGGUACUGCUCGACCCUCAUCGCAAACGGGCCCGGCUUGCCAACAACGAGAGCGGGUGACUGCGGGACAAUCUUGGUGGUCAACGGAGCGGACAAACUGUUAGCAACAGCCCUGGGGAUUUUCGGGAUAUCUGUGAUGGGGCCGCUCGUGGCAGCUGUGCACGUGCUGAGUGUUAGGAUAUGGAGGUAG